UGGUUAGACAGCAGUGUCCUCUAGAUGUCGACCUUGUGCAGAUCAGCUGGUGGGCAUUUUGCAUAAGCACUAAUCAGCAAGUUCCUCACUGAACCAGGUUUUUAGGGGUUUUAACCCGGGUCGGUCACACAUAUCGUUAAUUAGUAUGUUUUUAUGUCAUCAUGUAAUCUGUCGUUAUGCUUCAUCCUUUUAAAGUGUUUGUAAAUCUUUAAAAAGAAUCACUUUAUCUAGAUUUUGUUUUGCUGUAUUGUGCAAGAAAUUUGCUUUAGUGGGUGAUAAUUGCCUUGACCGGCUUGGCUUACUUGAACUGAGAGGACUUACAGAAGAGUUAAUGCAACCAGAAGCUGGAUUUAAGGAUGAGGUACAGCUGCCUGCCGCGGGUCGGAGCUGGGACCGGGGGCUGGAGGCUGAGACGGGGAGGAGACAAGAGAUGCGGGGUGGUACAAUGUGGCGCUAGGUCAUCCAGCACUCAGUGGACGCAUGAGGACUGAGGAUAGUCGGAGCAAACUGAAUCAAAGUUAGUGUCAAAGUCAGUCUACCUCCAAUAGUGACCAUGAAAGUCCUCCUCCUAAUCUGCAUGCCAGUCCUGCUCCUUGCCCAGGCCCCAUACCAGGAACAAUUUCCAUUCUUGGAGGACUAUGGCCCUGAUUAUUUUCCAGAGAAUCCGGACUCUCUUUCGGAGACUCCCGAAUCUCUCCCUGGGACUUAUCAGCAGCAGGUUCGACUUGACCCGGCAGUCCGUUCAGAACAGUCAGAGACAGAGUUGGAGACGGAGCCAACAGAACCUGGCCCUCUUGACUGCAGAGAGGAGCAGUACCCAUGCACCAGACUCUACUCUGUCCACAAGCCAUGCAAGCAGUGCCUGAACAGCCUCUGCUUUUACAGUUUGCGGCGGGUGUACGUCAUCAACAAGGAGGUGUGUGUACGGACCGUGUGUGCACAUGAAGAGCUGCUCAGAGCGGACCUGUGCCGUGACCAGUUCUCUCGCUGCGGCGUGGCGGCGGUGAGCGGCCAGUGUGGAUCACUAGGGAGCAGCUGCGGAAAGAGCUGCGGUGGCUGCUGAUGGAACAUGGGAGAUCAGGGACACUACCUGCCCAAAAUACUGCCACGUUUCCACCACCCAUCCACACCCCAACAUCCUCUUAGCUUGUCCUGUUCCUCCCGGUCACACCUCACCUUACCUCUGACUCCUCCUAUACUCCACAUUACUCCUGUGCCAAAACAACCUUCUGUAUUUUAAGUUUGUUUCUCCACUUUCUUAUAUUUGCCCUUACCUAUAUAUGUCAGACUAGUAGAUCCUGUGUGUACAGAUAAAUAUACUCAAAAAGAACAUUGAUGAUUGUAUAAUUCACUGGUGCUAUAAAAUCAUCACACUGGUGCUAGAAAAAGUAGCUCGCUAUUAGAGAUGCACAUAAAUAACUGCAAAACAGCCUUUUAUACUUUUUUUGGCAUAUUGUACCGUAUUAAUCUCAUCCUUAUUGUGUUUUUUUUUAAUUUUAUUUUACUGUACUUGUGUGUUGAAAGCAGUCAUUGUCAUGAUCAGCUCUACAAUGGUGGCCACUGUGCACUGACAUCAGACACGUAAAUAAUCAAUAUAUGGUCGUCAAUAAUCUCAUCAUUGACUGGGAGGUUAAGAUCGUGAGAUCUGAAGAAAAUAGGUGCUGAGUGACCUCAGUUUAUGUACUACUGCCACUUGGAUCUGUGCUUAGCAACCAAGCAGCAAGCGUAUCUACAUAAAUGUUAUAUAUUCAUAUUCCAGUGGCAAGAAGUGCUUUGAAAAGGCAUCGCACAAAUGGCCUCUGUACUACUGCUUUGUAAAACUGUCACUAUAAAGACUGAGAAAAAUAAACAU